AUGCGGGACACGGCAGCAGCGGAACGCGAGCGGCUGCCGAGUCCGGCAGACGGCGACGUGGACAGCCUGUACGAGGAUGGCACUGAGGCGGGGACGGCGAAGCAGAGAAGCACCGUCAGCACCACAGCGUUGUUUCUGGCCCUCCCGUGGCUCGGCUGCACACUGUUCCUGAUCGCCGUUCUCCUCUACGUGAACGUCCACACCUUCUCCAUGUGGAGCAGAUUGGUGUCGAUGCCCGGCGGGGUCGUUGCAGACGUCUCUGUGCAACACCGCGACAUGGCCCGCUACACUGUCCUGUUCGUGAGCCUUGUCCUCCUGGCGGUGCACUUGACCAUUUCGUUCUGUCUCUUCCGCCGCGCCUAUCACGUCUUGUGGGACGUGCAGAUGUCCCUCGUGGAGCUGUCCUUCAUGGUGGACGUGAUCCGGACGCACCAGCACAGUACCUUCUUCUUUGUGGACUGUGUGGAGCGCGCGCAGUGCGUACGGGAAUCGAUGCGGUACUGGGUGAAGGAGUUUUCCGGUUUCAAGGAGAUCUGCGCUGCGGAGAUGGCUGUGAACCAAGUGACACUGCGGCUGAUGACCCGCCCCACGGAGAGCGCACAGCGACCGGAGUCGCCCGGGGCCACGCAGUUGCCGUGCACCGGCUCGGGGACGUCUUCGCCGGUGCAGCUGGCUUGCGGUGGCCGCUUGCCGCCCGAAACCACUGCUGCAGCCUUCCGGCUUCCUCAGGAUGCGGCAUGGUCGCCACAUGCGCAGUCGGUGCGCACGGACAGCGCCCAUGCCGAUCCUGGCCCCGGCCGGCAGCUGGCCGGCCACCAAAGCGGCUCCCGUCACUCCCUGUCGUUUACAACGGAGAUGGGCAUCGCGCAGGUGCCUUUCGAGGUAACGCUCAAGCGGCGCCACGUGGCGCUUCUUCUCCUCAGCUUUCUCACCUAUCGGGAGCUUGUGCGUGCGGAGCCGGUGGAGGCACGGCAGAUCUCCCGCGACUUCAUCGCCGCCGUCAACAUGUGCGCUCAGAGGUACAAGGGGUGCGUCGUCGAGCUGUACAGUGACCGCGCCAUUCUGUCAUGGAACGCCUUCUUCGAGUCUGCCGGCAACUACGCCCAGACAUGCGCGCAGUGCGGGGAGUGCUUCCACGAUAGGUUUGUGCGCAGAUUUUCCCCCGAGAGCGGCGCGUACUUCAGCACUGCCGGCUACACGGGCCACAUUGUGUGCGGCACCACGACGGAGAAGUCGCUCCUGCUUCAUGGUCAGCCCGUCUCGAUGCUGCGCGGGCUCCCGACGCUGCUCGAGAUGCGGUACUGCGCAUAUGUGUGGCUCGGCACCCCACCACCGGCGUGCACGAGUUCGCCGCUGUCGUGGACGCGGAUUGGUGCCGUACAGGCCGGAGUCGGCUUCUCUGUUGAUCUGCAUGCCAUGCGGCGCACACCGGCGGAGCCGCUGCCGGCGGCCAUGGUGUGGCACAUGCCCCAGUGGACGACAUUCGGUGAGGAGCGCGCCGUCAGCGCAGAGGUGCUGACAAAUGACGGCGCCGCGCGGCUGCAGCAGGGCGGGGGUACGGCGCCGGUGAUGCCCGCAAGCACCGCUGCUGCCCUCCCAAGUUCUCCAUUCCUUUCGUCUCCGCUGUCCCCCCGCGGCGUUGGCACGCCGUACGAGACGUUCUACGAUCGAAGCCACAAUUGCUACCAGCUGUCCAACACAGUGCUCGGGGAGUCCAAGUCGUGCGUUGUGCGCCUCGCCAUCUCGGAGACCGGGAACUUUGUGGCCGUGAAAGAGAUCAAGAUAGAACGCGGAGACGUCAAGCCCAUUCGCCGGCGCCGCUAUCAGCGCGAGAAUCGGAUUAUCGUGACACGAGGCGAGAAGCCGCAGUGGAUGAAUGAGGUAGAGAUUAUGGAGCGGCAUCGGCACACGUGCAUCGUUGCCUACAUCUCUUUCGUGGAGGCGGAGGACAAGCUGCGUAUUGUCAUGGAGUACGUUGGCGGCGGCAACUUGCUGAAAUUCGCCUCCUCCUCGCGCGGCGUGGAGGGGGAGGGGCCACCAAUGGCGGUGCUGCUGCGCAACGUUGUAGAGGGGCUGAAGUUCCUGCAUCAGAGGGGCAUCGUGCACGGCGACAUCAAGCCGCAGAAUGUGCUUGUGCCAGACUCCGGGCCGUGCAAGAUUGCCGACUUUGGGAUCUCUCGCAGGGCCACCACUACCGUCACCAGCGCGAUCGAAGGAACGCCGUUCUACAUGUCGCCCGAGGCGACGCGCGGGGAGGUCACAGCGGCGUGUGAUAUUUGGAGCUUUGGCAUCAUGAUGGCGCAGGUGCUCACGGGUCGCUUGCCGUACGACCCAUCCGUGCGGGACUACUACUUGGUAAGCCAGUUCAUGUGCAACAAGGACGUGAGGCCAGAGUUGCACACGCCGCUGAAGAAACCCGCCCUCGACGUCUUCCUCGCGUGCACGCAGUACGACCCAGCAAAGCGCAAAACGGCAAAGGAGCUACUGAAGAUGCCGUACUUCACUGCCCACGCUGCGAGCAGCACCGAAGAUGCGUAG